UCCUCCACACACCAGGAGCUGGUGGAGUCCCAGGCCGCCACUCUGUUUACCAAUCUCCAGGAGGUGUGGCCCAGUCAUGACUGUGAGACUGAAUUCAGAGAGUUUUGGUGCCUUUUGCUUUUUGGUAUGUGUGAUGGACAGAACAGACUACCAUCGUUUGAGCUUUGUAGCUCUCUGCAAACUCAAACCUGUUUCGACCUCAUCCAAAUUGCUUCCACGGUCCCUGAGUUGUCUACAAUCAUUCUCAACUGCAACAAUUUUAGGCUUGGACAGCCACCACCAUGCAGAAAUGAAACCAGAGUGACAGAUUUUAACGUGUCGUGCCGUGAUGGCUUCUACUAUGACGAGAGUUCACUGUUGUGCAAGCCAAAGUGCGGAGAGUGGAGUCCCUCUCUCCUGGUGUAUAUAUAUAUUAUACUGCCAAUCUGAUCUUGUUGCUUCUUGGAAGUGGUAGCAGUUUUAUAGUUUUCUCCUCUAU